GAGUGGUGGUAGUAGAAGAAGAAGAACAGCAGCAGCAGCUACAUGCCUCACCAACACUUUUGAGCUUGAGAGUGAAAUAAAUGUGCCUAUAAUAUAUAUUUAAUCUCGCAGCUAUGGACAUAGUGGUGUACCUGAUUGCUGCUGCUAUCCUCAUUGUGCUGAUAGUGUUUGCGCUGAAGGUGCGAGGGAGCACACAAGAAGCUGAUGAGGAACAGCAGAGGGAUGUGGUCCGGGCAGCGGGGCCCCGUCAGCGGGCCCCAGAGGAGCGAGGGGCCGGUAUGCCUCGCAGAAGGAGGAACCUCGCCGCGUCGAUGGCCAACAGACGACCACAGAGAGAAGAUGUAGAAAAUGAGGAGGAGCCUGUGGAGGAAGACGAGGAAGAAGAGCAGCAGAACCUCGGGUCCACCGCCAAAGUUGGAGCCAAGAAGCAGAAGAAGCUGGAGGAGAAGCAGGCCAAGAAGGCCCAGAGAGAGAUGGAGCUGGAAGAGAGGGAGGAGAGGAAGAAGAUGCAGGAUCUCAGAGAGCAGGAGAGGCGUCAGGAGGACGAGAAAGAGCGCCAGAUGGAGCACAAACAGGAGGAAGAGGAGCAGCGGGCUAAAGAGGAGCAGGACAAACGAGAGGAGGAGGAGUACUUAAAGCUCAAAGCCUCCUUCACCGUGGAGGAGCAGGGGGAGGAGGAGCAGCUCUCUGAAGACCAGUCUCGGAAUCUGCUGCAAGAAUUCAUCCAGCACAUCGAGAGCUCCAAGGUGGUUCUCCUAGAGGACCUGGCCUCUCAUUUUGGGAUGAGGACGCAGGACGCCAUCUGCAGACUGCAGGACCUGCUGGCUCAGGGCUCCCUGACAGGAGUGAUAGAUGACCGAGGGAAGUUCAUCUCCAUCACUCCAGACGAGCUGGACUCAGUGGCUCAGUUCAUGAAAAAGAGAGGCAGAGUGUCCAUCACAGAACUCGCUCAGGCCAGCAACUCGCUCAUCAACCUGACGCCUGAGGUCCGCAGCAGCGCCUGAGGGAAGGGCCUGAGGGCCGCAGCAGCGCCUGAGGGAAGAGCCUGAGGGCCACAGCAGCGCCUGAGGGCCACAGCAGGGCCUCAUAAUGCUUCAGGAAAUGUGGAGCAGUCUUCAUGAGGAGGCUGGAGAAUGCUCAUCAUAUUAGACUGUUCCUCAGGUACAGGCUUUGUCAUCUGUUUUACUGUGUGGUGACAUCACUGCUCAGCAGCCUUAACACACAGACGUGUCAGUCUGCAUCUAGACUAGGACUUGUUUGAGCCACCCAAAAAUGAACAUACACACAAUAAAGAAACCGAUAUAAACGUAUAAACUGA